AUGCCGGCCAAAAUACCCUUUCUUGAUCCAUCCGAAUCGCUGCAACAGCGAUGGCGAGAAGCGACGUCACCCAACCGAGUGACGGCCCAGAUCUACGUCUUCUGCCUUCUCAUAGGUAUAGGCCUGCUGAGGACCUACCUGUUCCCGACCAAGAAGUCCGAUCAUACCUACGGAUCAUCGGCCGCAUCUUCGGGGCCGGGGGCGAAGGACGAGACGCUCGGCGAGGUAGCAGAGAUCUUUGUCUAUCCGAUCAAGUCUUGCGCUGGCGUUUCGGUGACAAGCAUCCGCUUGACGGAGCAGGGUUUCGAUUUGGACAGACGCUGGAUCGUCGUCCGAAGGAGUGAGAGAGAGGGAGGCAAAGUGGAGAGGUUGAGCUUGAGGGAGGAGCCAAGGUUGACUUUGAUUCAGCCGGUGAUCAACGAAGAGUCAAACACGCUUAUGCUGAGAUUGAGCGAGGUAGGACAGAAACAAGAAACAGCAAAAGGUCUGGGUGCUUCAGAAACAACCCUUCGUCCCACAGCGUCUCAACUGAAGAGCUGGAAAGAAAUCGUUGGCAUGGAGAUGUACGGCGACUAUGCAGAUGGACGCGUCGCCGCUUUGCCAGAUGGAAGCGACUGCAAGUCCACCCCAAGCGAAUGGCUCAGUCGAUUCCUCGGCUAUCCUGCGCUCCUCCUACACUUUGACACUACCUCCACCACCACCCGCGACGCUUUCCCCAUCUUCAAACCACCCACCGACUCCUCUCUCUGGUCAAGCAACGACCGUUCCGAACUCCAUCGGAAGCGCGGCAUAGAGUUCCAAGACGAAUACCCGCUCCUCGUCGCCUCGCAGGAAUCGCUCGAAUUUGUCCGCUCUCAACUGUCCUCCGCGCUUUCAUCUUCCGACAGCGACGGACGUGGUGGUCGACGCAUCACUGGCAUCGAUGCGACAAAAUGGUCCUCCCCCGAGGCGUUGAACAUGGCUCGCUUCCGACCGAACAUCGUCAUCAAAGGAAACGGCGACCUCCCGGCGUUCAGCGAAGACUCCUGGGAAAGAAUAUGGAUCCUCCCCACCUCAUCUCACGAAUCCUCGGUCAAGGCGAUACUCCAGCUGGUGGCAAGGUGUCAACGAUGUCUCCUGACAGCUGUAGAUCCCAUCUCUGCGGAAAAGGAUCCGAGCGUCCCACUGAAGCUGUUGAACAGAAGUCGCAUGCGGGUCAAAAAGGUCGCUGGCGUGGAAGGUGGAAAUGGAAGAGCCGGUCCGUGCUUUGGCAUGUACGCCAUUCCUCUUCCAAUGAAGCAAACGAAGGAGGAGGAGAGGUACGGAGGCUUCAAAAAGGGAGACACGAUCAGAGUGCGGUGGAGACCCUUCGAGACAGACGAUGAACCAGACCGACAGCGAGCCACUCUAUAG